UCAAUAAUAAACGUUUGGCUUAGGGGUGUCGUGAAACAAAACGCUGAUACUCUAGGGCACCGUGAUUCAAAAAAGUCUGGGAAACACUGGUCUAUGAAUGGUUCUGUAGUUUAGGUUUACAUUCCUCCUGUCAAUACUGAUGAAUUGAUGGCAUGGCCAGAAUGUCAACACAGUUGUUUUAAGGCAAUUGGCUGUGACUGGCAUCACCAUCUUUUGGCUUUGGCAAUGGAAUUCCGGAAGAGGCAACAGAAGCAUAACGCCAGAUUGCAUGGGGAUAGGAAUCAAUAUCCGUACAGCCUGCAGUUCUACCAGCUUCCACCUACUGAAAAUAUUUCCCUCUUGGAGUUUGAGACCUUUGCCAUUGAGAGACUGAAACUUUUGAAGACCAUAGAGAAUCUGGGUAUUAGCCAUGUAAAGAAUUCGAAGGAUUACAAAGUGAAGUUGGAUGCUGAACUUAAAAAACUCAAGUUUCGCGUUGAGGAAUGUGAGCAGCGGAGAAAAGAUCACAUAUCACACUUUAUUUUGCGCCUUGCAUACUGCCAAUCAGAGGACCUAAGGCGCUGGUUUAUACAGCAAGAAAUGGAUUUGUUCAAAUUCCGAUUUGCAGAGUUAUCAAAAGAGAAAGUCGAAGAGUUUCUCAAGUUCAAUGAUUUGGAAUAUGUUUCUAUCAGUGAUGAAGAAAAGCUGAAUCUUCAGGAUGAACUCACCAGCUCAAGCUUUGGGCUCAGUUCUGUUAAGUUGGAAGACUUGACGUUUUACAGAGUUCCUUUUCAAGAUGCCCUUGAUUUAGUGCGGCCAAGAAAAGUGUACCUCGCACAAGGAUUUGCAUUCAUUCCACACAGAGAUAUUGUCACUAUCAUUCUCAAUGAGUUCAGAACAAGAUUAUCCAGAGCUCUAGCUUUAUCAACCCGUUCUCUGCCAGAAAUACAGUCAGAUGAAAGACUGCAACCUUUACUUAAUCACCUCAGUCAUUCAUACGUUGGUCAAGAUUUCAGUUCACAAAGAAACGCUGGGAAAAUUUCCCUUGACCAAAUUGAUGCUCUUGCUUCAAAGUCCUUUCCUCUCUGCAUGCGUCAGCUGCAUAAGUCUUUGAGAGAGCACCAUCACCUUCGUCACGGUGGACGCAUGCAAUAUGGCCUUUUCCUCAAGGGAAUUGGUUUAACACUAGAACAGGCUCUGCAGUUCUGGAAAAUGGAAUUCAUAAAGGGAAAAGUUGACCCAGAAAAGUUUGACAAGGUGUAUGCAUAUUCCAUUCGCCACAACUAUGGUAGAGAAGGAAAAAGAACAGACUAUACACCAUACAGUUGUAUGAAAAUUAUUUUAUCAAACCCACCAGGUCAAGGCGACUAUCAUGGUUGUCCUUUUAAACACAGUGAUCCUGAGUUGCUGAAACAGAAGUUGCAGUCAUUUAAAGUUUCCUCUGCAGGGAUCAAUCAGGUUUUGGACCUGGUAAAGGGUAUGCAUUGCCAGCUGGCGUGCCAGAAGUAUUUUGAGCUGACACACAAUGUUGAUGAUUGUGGGUUUUCACUGAAUCAUCCAAAUCAGUACUUUGCUGAAAGUCAGAAACUGCUUACCGGUGGCCGAGAUAUCAAGAAAGAGCAGACACCUGUGGAAAGUUCUCCAUCAACCUCUGCAAGCCAGAUAACAACUACUUCAACCUCUGGUUCACAAAUCACAAACACGCAACCUGAAGAUAUGGAUGUUCUGGAACAAUUUUUCAAUGAAUGCUGAAUCUCCAUUUAUGCAGUGACUUGCCACUGAUGUUAUUCAUUUAUUUUUUAAUGUUUUGCUAUUCUGCAUUACUGAAUAUGUACUGUAUGUCAAACAUUUAAAAAAAAAUAAAGAUGUGCCUUGUAUUUGUUA